AUGGCGAGGGAAAAGAAAAGGGACAGGAAAUAUCAGAAGAAAACAAAGACAAAUCAUUUUGCAGAACUGACGUUGGGGCAACAGCUGAAGGAGCAAACCCAGGAACAAACGACGGAGGUUCACCAUUCCAAGCAUAAGGCUGCUAAGGAAUCUGUGAAUGAACAGAUCGAUCACCAAUAUUAUUCAGCUCCCAGUUGCCACCAUGUUGGCCACCAGCGGGAGAGUGACCGCACAGCUGUUAACCCUGACACCGCCAACGGCUUUGCAGGAUUAAGCUUGUCUGCAAAGCGCAAAUUGGUUAGCGGAACGAAUAACCAUAGUUCCAGUUAUCAUCGUGACCCCCUUUACGACCACGGCCAGGUUACCCCAGAGGGCCCACAACUACAGUCUGCUAGAAAGACCACUACCACUGACGGUCUCGAAUACAUUGAAAAUCAGUAUGAGGACGGCCCGAAAAAGUCACCAAAACAAUCCAGCUACAGCCCUAACAAGGCCCAUGGAGGAAAGGAUUCUACAACUUCCCGCCUCCGUUCGAGAAGACGGCAGUCCCAGGGGAAGACACGUUAUUGUUCUCGCUCUGUCUCUGCUUCCGCGGCUCCGGCAGGAGAAGGAGAACGCCGAUCUAGGUUCCUCGAGGGGAGUAUGAAUGAUCGCGUCAGCGAGAAACCUCCUGGUAUAUAUAUAGGGGAGGAUGUGGAUGAGGCAAUUGAUCGAUAUACAAGCGCUAAGCAAGAAACAUCUGCUUGGGGAAACGCCGGUUCUCCCGGUAGAGGUUGGAAAUAUGGCCGUUCGUAUGCGUCGACAACUACAACUUCAGUGAGCUCUGUUACAUCAGAGACGCCAAGUACGAAGAGCUCCGGGCUGGCCAGGUUUGGACAGGCUAUUGCGUCGACGUUUAAUACCUUCGGCAUCUGGAAUAAUGUCGCUGAGAUUCGGAAAGGGCCCCAGGAUGGAACGAGGACGACGACUACAGCUGCGUCAACCACAUCAGCCGCUACCAUACCCCCCAAUGAUGUCCUCAAGGAACGCAAGGCUCAGGCUGAGAAAGCAUAUGCUGAGCUCAAAGCGUCUAGAUACGUAGGGACGGUGAAGUCCACCGCAACCCGCGAUGGAAGCCCUGGCCUGGAAAAGAAAGGCGUUAAAAAGCAAAAGCAAGCUGCUCCCGACCACACACAACAGAGGAUGCACGUUCAUUCCACUAAUUCGAUACCCAACAAAGAACACCACCCCAGUUCGUCGAAGUCUGUGUUUCGCCCUUCAUUCCAGGAUCUCCGUAAAGCGGCGUCAUUUAUUAAUGUCACAUCGCCCACGAAACGGGGGAAUUCUAUUGAUGAUGACGUUCAGGGGGAUUCUCGCGUUCUUCGAAAACAGCAUUCUCACCGGGACUUAGAGAAGCAGCGCAAACUGAAGAAGAAAGUUAUUACCUUGGAAACUCAGUUGGAGCGAGCGAAGCAGCAACUUAUCAUGAUUUCGGGAGCCGGAGAUGCCGACGAGAAUGUGAGUGUGACUGCCAGUGGGUUUGGUGGUGUACGUGUGAGUUUGAAUGAACCUGAGGAUGAGGAAGUGCAAGAUUUGGCGCCAAUACCUCCUUCACACAUUGGAUGCGUCAGGGUGGGACGGAAGAAGAAAUUCGUGCCGGGCGCGUUGGCCUCUCUUCCCUCCGAGAGGAUUCUCCUUGGCCAGAUGGCGGAGAAGCCAAUAAUUAAGCCGGUGCUUAAGAAUAAAGCUAUAUCAAGCUCCGGGACGCUGGAUCGAGAGGAUACGAACAAUCCUCAUUCCAUACUCAAGAAAAGCGGGCCAGCGUUGAAUAAUAAGGAUAGUUUGACGUCUUUAUCUGGGUCUCGAGAUGUAAAAAAUUUGGGCUUAGCGCCAAUAACCCACCAAGGUCACGAUAACGAUUCAAGUCCAACACAUCCCGACAAAUAUCUAGGCAGAGUCGGUGAUUCUUUACUCCCAAAAAGAAUCCAAUCAACCCGAAAAGCCAAACUGCAGAAGCCCGAGUUGUUUUUAUAUCCAUCCUCUAAAAAUAAUGAAAAGACUUCCGCGUCUUUUCCUUCCCAGCAUACUGGCAAUGGCCAGCUCCAUUCGGGUCAAAAUCCAAACUCCGAUCCUAAGCUCAAAGUCACGGUCCGCCGCUGCCCUUCCAACGCUCCUUCAUGCCAUAAUAUUCCUCACGGCCACAGUGACGAUUCAGACCCAAACAUGGGCUCCAACACUAAGCCCAAGCCAAAACGCAACUGCAGCGGUGGUGCAGUGAUACAUGGUGAUGAUAUCCCUCCAGUUCCACCUCUGCCUGUCAAAUUUGCGGCAAGUGUCAGUGGGCGGGGUGCGAAGGAGAACAAUGCGCCCUUACCGCAGGCGUUUGACUGGCCUGAGGACUUUUUGUGA